AUGACAGUGGAUCAAGUUCCUGCAAGUGCUAUUUGUCAAGUAAUGGCUGAGCAAACAUAUUCUAACAAUGCGAUGCAUCGGAUGUAUACGCCUCAAUAUACUUUUAGCGCAACUCCGGAAGAUUGUGCUAUUUAUGAUGCACAGCGAUUUUCACUUUCCCAGCCAUCACAAUAUCAAUUUACUGAAGACAUUCAGCAACUUGUUUUUAGACCGGUGUCCGAUCGACCCAAUGUUGAUGUUCAAUUAAACCCAUUAAAUCGAUCAAAUCAACUAGAAUCCCUCUCUGCACCGAGACCCAAAAAUGACGUUAUAGAAGGGAGUUAUGUAAUUGAUCCAAACACUUUAUUGACACUCGAAAUAAACGACAAUGCAAGCGAAGAAUAUGUAAAUACAGCGUUUAUGAUUCAUAAUGCUAUGACGAAUGGUGGUGCUAUUUCAAAUGCUGCCGUCGCAGAUGCCAUGAUCCAUCAUCAAUCCGUUUCGAUCUCACCAGUUAAUUCGUCGACAUAUUCACCGAGUCCAACCCUGACUGAAAAAUCGCUCGCCUCUAAACCUUCAACGGCUAGCAGUUCUGAGCCGCAAUCACCACUGACUUUUAUCAAGUUCGAGGAGCCGGAAUUUAUGGAAAAGAACGAACCGGAGCUUGAAGACGAGAGUUUGAGUUGGGUUAACCCGAAACAGUAUAGGAGAAUACUAAAGAGGAGAAUUGCCAGGCAAAAGUUUGACGCCAAAUAUGGCAUUUCACGAGAGCGAAAGUCAUACAUACACAAAUCUCGACAUUUACACGCUCUUCGACGUCCACGUGGUCCUGACGGUCGAUUUCUUACUAAAGCAGAAAUAGAAGAAAUGUCACUGUCGAACUUUAUAGCUCCGUUUUCCAACCUGUCACCGACACUUUUUGCUCCGUACAUGUGCUCACCUGAACAAUGUUUCUCUGAACAAGCGUUACGAAAUACAAUGAUGGGUAAUAGUAUGAUAGCAAACACUGCAGAGUAUUUCCAAACAAGCGAAGGGAGAUGUAAUAUUGUGCCACAACCAGUUGGGUGCGGAAUAGAUGGUAUUGGUGGAGGAUUGGUGGGGUGGUUGUGA